UGUGAAGUUGCAUUAUUUUCUUGUAUUCUUUCUCAGCAACGAGAUGAGUCAAAUUAAAUGUUUAAUCAAGAUAAAAGUUAUUCGUCAUUUCUAAGAUUAUUAACUCGAGAAAUUGUUAAGAAGUGCAGAGAGCGAAAGUGGUAUUCUGCCUCGAAAACUGGCAUGCUAUUGCUCCGGGAGAUUAGAAAUGCUUCGUAAAUGACGCCAAAUCGCAAGUAAAUACCGGAUCAGCUGACGAGCUCUGGCAAGUGACAACAGACGGACGAAGCUCAUUGUUCUCGUUCUUGGUUAUGGCGACAAGCAGCUCCGACGGCUCCUGUACAGCACCCGCAGAUUUUCAACUCUCCUCAGAGCUGGAAGACGUUUCGAGUCGUAUUAGCGUAAACUUAUUCAAGUGUCCACUUUGUCACAGCAAUCGACGGGUUUUCUAUUGCAGACGGUGCAUUCAAAAUGGGGAUUUUGUACAUUCGACGUCUGUCUACUCUGAACGCUUUACGGAUAAACAGCUACGGCUGCUUCGGUUGAAAGCUGCACGAUCUCAAUUGGAAGAGAAAUGUUUGAAAGCCUUGGAGAGAUACAAGGAAAAAGAUAAACUAGUAUGUGAGAUAAAUAUGUGCAAUGAACGGGUGAGACUCCUUCAAUCAUUAGUCAAUGAAACUAGACAGAGUAUAAACAGAGGCAAUCAGCAUUUAAAUAUCCUGAAGGAUGUGAAUUCUCAGCUGGCUCUAAGAUUACCCAGGCAUGAAGAGCGGGUGCAAAAAGUACAUAAAUUUGUUACUGGCUUAAUGGUUAAACAAGAAAAACAGGAAGCAGUCGAAAGAAAGAGGCAACAAUUGAAAAAAGUCAUUAGAACUGCUGCCAAGCAAUUAGUUCAAUACAUCUUCCCAUUGUCAGAAGUUCAACCUAGCAGAAGGUAUGGCAUUUUUUUAUGUAGCAGUGAAGAAGAGAGUUCUAGUGCAGAUACAGUGACUUGCGCUUUGGCAGAUGCUUCCGGUACAUCUUACGUGAGAGGAAGGUGGAUUAAUGACGCAGAAAAUAGUUUAGAGUUACAAUAUCGUAUUGUUGCACCUACCUUGCCUGGAACGGGUGAUUACAGUGCUUACUCGCGCUGGGUGACAGAAAAUAAAGAUGGAUUAUCAGAUGGCAACAAAGAAAAUGCGAUGCAUAAUCCAACCUACAAUAUAAGUGCAGCUCUGACUUAUGCUACUCAGCUGGUUAACAUAAUUGCAUACUACGUAAAUGUAAGACUCCCUUACAAACUUGCAUACAGCGAAUUUUGUGGGAGUGAAAUGUCAGACCAGAAGUUUGCAAGAAAAGUAGCGAGACUCAACAGUAACGUUUUACACUUGUGCUUUACCCAAAAUACAAAUGUAGCAGUGUUACAUCCCAUGCACACACUGCAAAAUCUGAUGCAUUUGCUCAAUACGGAAAUCAGCGAUCUCGGAAGAAUCGGGCCAAUAGAGAUUGACCCUGCUGAGGCAGCACAGCUACACAGUCAGCUGAUUCCUGACUUAGAAAAGAGUGAUGAUUCUGCUUCGGAUGAGGAAGAGGAUGCUUUCAAUUGGGAAUGGGAAGCUGUUCCGAACGUUGCUUGCCCAGAAAUGACAGUGCCCAUUCCUGGAGUGACGGUAAGCCAGCAGUCUUCGAGUAUGCACGUGAACCAAAGUGUAGCUGGAGGUUUGAUGACAAGUGCAGCUGCCAGUAUUGCUUCUCUUUGGCGUGGAUGGACGGCGAACAAGUAGGAUGUGUGUUAUCCAGCUUCUACUCUUUUAAUUGUGAUACCGUUCAACAGUGGUAUAGUGUAAAGUGUCAUCUGUGAACGAUGGUGAUAUUAGGGCACCCAUGAUCGAUCGCUAAGAAACUUCCUUAAGAUGUGUAUAUAUACACAAGACAGACAUCUAAUAUUGUUGUACAAUUUAACGAACGAUGAAUUUUCAGUCUUUCAAUACAUUUUUAUAUAUCGAUAAUAAUCUGUGAUUUCGACAUAUUUGACAAAGUGGAUCGGGAUUAUUGAAACCUAUUUACAAGUUUCAUUAUUACAUUGUGACUAGGGCGUGUAUUUGAGAAAGACUUGAUCACUUUGAUACUAUGGGUUCUAAGGAUACAUUCGUUCUUUUUAUUCGGCAAUACAUUGUCGAUUUUCACCCUGAGGUCUAAUUCUUUAGAAAGAACUCACUUUUCUUAUGUCAAGAAACAACGUGCAAUCGGUCACGCUGCAAUAGAUUCAUUACUUAAAGACUAUUCGAGUUAAUUCGUUUGUUUCUCUUAUCGCUAAGUCUUUGGCACACUAACUCAAUCUCUUAGAAACAUAACGAGCGUUUAUGUGAUUCCGGUGUCUCACGACGUACACCGAGCUUUAAUGUAUUUUGUACUGGCAGUCGGAUAAUUUAUAGAUUUGAUACUUGACAAUAUAAUCGACGAUAGGAGAAUUUACCCGUAAACUCUCUGUGCUCUUGUUAAAUAGCUCCCGUGCAAGGGGACGCCUCCGUAGAACACGUUAUUGACGUUUCAGAUCGCAUAUUUAUAAAAAAUGUCGAAUUUUUAAAGGAUUUGUAAGAAAACUGGUUAAGCUUUCUCUGUGUCUUCGCAUGACCCAUUGCGUUGUAAUUUAGGAUAUUAAUUCAGUGUUCGACCAACAUUGUAUAUAAUGAGGUACUCACGAUUGCGCAACGAGCCUCCGCACGUGCGAAGGAUGUAUCUACCGAUAAAUUAGUGUGUACAUUGAAAAGGCGUUCACAUACGUCGACUUAGAUCAAGUUCAAGUUAUUUUUGUACGGUUGCAUAAACUGUGCCGAGUUAAGUUUUUACAAGUACCCGAGACAAGAAUUUAGACACCGUUUAGGGCGAUCAACGUCAUAGGGUUGUUCGUUUGCUAGAUUAGAUAUUUAUUUCAUAAAUGAGUGAAGGAGAAAUGUAUCCGCAUCGAGGAGAUUCUACGUUUCUAAUGCUGGACACACUGUACAAAGAACGGUAAACGAAGGAAUUAUAGCGUU